GCCGUAUGUCAUAUGAUGGCCGGCCCAGAGGUAAAUUAUAUCAUAAAUCUCGGAAAUGACGAAAAACUCGUCAGUUGAUGUGCUAUUCUUUAAGAAAUAUGUAAUCUGCUUGAGUUGAAGAUACACCAUGGCGACACUUCUGCAGGUUUUGCUCGUCAUUUUUGUGGUAAACUGCGGUGUUCUUGUGGCAAACUGUCGGGUGUAUGAACCAAACAUUAGCCUUUAUUAUGGACAGGCUGAUGCUGUGUUGGUGCCAGGGAAUGGCGGCAUAUUACAAUACAAUGAAUUUGGGUUUGGAACACAUGGAUCAUUGGAUGGGAAUCUUGAAUGUAAGCCGACUGUUUAUAAAAAUUCAGAGAACAGCGCUCCAAACCUUUGGCUUCUGGGAUGUACGGCAUUAGAGAAGAAAGAGCUUGAAGAGAUUGGUCACACUCGUCUCAACCAGGCUUGUCAGAAGCUGCAAUUUCCAGAUGAUGUCGAGAAGAACUUCAGCAUUAUUUGCCAGGCAAUACCUGUGAAUCCCAUCGGCAAGUCUCAGAGUGGUAACUACUGGGAGGCCCACCACAAAUUCAGCCGGAAUGCCUUCUUGAGUUUCAUGCUGCUGCAGUGUCCGAGAGAGGUCCCUAAUAAGACACGGAUGAGAAUUGAAGAAGUUCGGUGCAAGGGCAGGCUCGUGGUUAUGAACAACAACAAGAAGAGUCAUCUGAGCAUAGACGAGGGCGCUCUCCUACCGAUGUACAAGAUUCUGGUCAUGGUUUGGGUCGUACUCCAAGCAUUAUGGAUCGCUAAUUGGAUCAAAUUCCGAGAGUUCUCCAACCAUCUACACAAAUUGAUGUUUGUCGCUCCAUCCUUCAAGUUUCUGUUGCUCACAUUAUCUCUGGUGUGGUGGGAGAUUAUUGCCGCUACUGGUUAUGAGAACACUACUCUGGAGAUGUACCGAGACAUCAUUCAAAGCACCGAGGUUGUCAUGCUAUUUAUGACCAUGAUGCUUGCAGCUGAAGGCUGGUGUGUCCUCAGACCUCGCAUCAGAAAUAUUCGCUGUUUACUCAUACCAGUUCUUUUUCUGGUAUUUUUAGGCUCAUCAAUAUGUGCCAUCUGGGUGCAUAAUUACUUCAUGGCAUUUGCCGUUUGUAGCAUCGUUUUUGUUAUUUACCGAACUGUGAAAUGGAGCACCUACAAUAUGCUCUACCUGACGCGUCAGAUUUUGCGCAACUCACGCUACAUUCAGGAGAAGCAUCUGCGCUUCAACAACGUCAGCAUCACGAAGCAACUCACCGAGAAGCGCAACAUUUUCAUCCGGCUCAGGUUCAUCUGCACCUUCUACACGAUUGUCUUUGCCAUGGUGAUCACGAUGUCCACGUUCCUGACGGAGUAUGCGUGGGCCCAAACGAUAGCGUACGAACUCCCCGAGUUGAUGGUGUUCAUCGGGCUGGGCCUGAUCUUCCGGCUGAGGGACUUUGCGCCAUUUGAGAACAUCAAGGUGAUUCUGCCUAAAGAAAACUCUGUGAUAAUACUGCUGCCGUUCCCUCAUGAGAUGUGGCCCAAGAGACAAAAACUGGCCCUGGGUAAACCAAUCAACCAGUCUUCAGAUUUCACAGAAGAGGAUCAGUGCGACGAAGACAAAUUUUGAAGAGUGUAAUUCAGCUGAAAGUUUUAAAGGAUUAGAUUUCCAGACAACUCAAGGGAAAGAAGAAGACCCUUUGCUCUGGUUGUAAACCACAGGGUGAAUCUUUCGUUAGUAUACAGUCUUUCGGACACACAGUUGUGUGGACUUUCUUCUGUGGAAUAAACUACUGAUAUCUCUUCAUAAUCAACAAUCUGUCAAUAACCUGUCAAAAAACUGUAAAGCGCAUUUGAACAUUCGCUAUAUAAAUACAUUAUUAUUGUUAUGUUAUUCCCUUCUCAGUUUUCUGAAGAAUUCUCAUGUUGGGACCCUUGUCCAAAGAAAAACAUGUUGAGGAUCUUUGUUCCAUUGCGAACAAAGUCCCUGCUGCUGUGUGCAUGCCUGUUCAUAAGGUACUACGAGUACUGGUAUAGAAGACUUUCAAGUGUGAACUUUGGUUUUCACUUCUGCUAUAGCCACUAAAAUGUUUGCCAUGUGUGAAAUGGUAGUAAUGAAAACUAUUUCCUGAUAAAAAAUAAGUUUGGAAAAUUUUGCUUGUCACUUAAAAGUUAAAAGCAAAUUCUGAAUACCAUGAAGUACUAAUGUUUGUCACUGGUACCCUGCAACAAAUUUUGUAUAAUAUUAUUUUUGAGCUUCUUGAGCUCAGCAGCCAAGUCAAAUUGUGACCAUGAAAGUUUUCAAAGGUAUAUUUUAAACUAUCAAUAAAUCAUGACUAUAAAUACUUUAAUUCAGUUUUGUUUCUCGUAAAAAUAGAAGGACUAUCCCACCUAUAUUUCUUCCUAUAUGCAUAAAACUGUUGCCCUAAAUUUCCUGUGAAAAACCUUUUUAAGAAAGAAAAGCUAGGUCUUUUUCUUCACACAACAGUUGUAUAAUAUAUCAACACCACUCAGACUGGCACUGACAAAUGAAAGCAUUUUGAAGUUUCACAUUUCCAGUUAAAAACUUUAUCAUGCAGACAGUGGGAGGGUAUUCUCAAAUCAAGUUACUCGGUUUUAAAGUUUAAAGUUAAAGAACUAUAGUACUAUGCACAGUUAUUUUGUUUGUAUAUUUGCUGUAAAUCCCACGUGUAAAUGCAUGUUUUAAAUUAUUUAUUAUACGUACAUGUAAAAAAUUUGUCAGUCACUAUUGUACAAUAAUAUAAGAAAGAAAAAAACACAAUUUUGGUUUGUGUUUGCAAAACUUUGACCGUUGGAAAUCGGGAUGUAAAGAUGUCGUUUAUUUAUUUAUUUAUCAAGUAACUAACAGGGAAUAAACUACAAGGAAAACUGACUGUCUGCCGCUUCCCAGGUUGUCUUAAAACUUGGGUGUGAUCCCUAGCUAUACAACAGUUAACGGUUAUAUGGCUUAGGCUUUGAACUGGCAGCCCAGUACAACGAUAACGAUUAAAAAGGACGGUAUUCUGGACCAUGGGGCGUGGCAGGGGGGCUUCUUUUGAGACUAUACUGUAAAUAAUAAGUAUUAUAUAACACCCAAGCAGAUCCUUGCCAUUUGAUUGGAGGAUUGUCCGUCACGUGAUAGCAAAUAAAAGUAC